GACCUUCCUCUUUCGUCUCGACUUUGUUCCUUCCGUCUCGACUUUGUUCCUUCCUUCCCUCGGUGGUGAGUUCUUGCAGCAACCUUGGGUAGCGGCGGCGGACGGCGGCUGGCGAGUGGCGACGGACGGUAGACGGAGGCUUCAGACGGUGGACGGCGGCGGCAGUGUUUAGGGUUUUGUCUCUUAAUGCCCGAUUUUGUGAUUAAAUACUCAAGGUCGUUUAGCCAUGUAUCUUCAAUACUACAUAAACGAGAACGGUGAUAAAGUUUAUACGGUUAAGAAAGAAUCACCAUUAGGAAAGGUAACAGAGUCUGCUCAUCCAGCUCGCUUUUCCCCAGAUGACAAAUACUCGAGGCAGAGAGUCAUGCUGAAGAAGCGGUUUCACUUGCUUCCAACACAGCAAGCUCCCCCUAAAUACUGAGAGAUUAUUGUCAUGGAGUAGAUUGUAAUCCUUUAUCUAGGAUACAGUUUAGGAUGUGCUAGUUUGGUAUGACGGGAUGCCUGUUACUGUUAGUCAGUGGCAGCCUCCUGUAGGAUUAUAAACAAUGGAAGCGACAUUUGGUUGAUGAACGGCAAUACUCCUUCCUCUUUUGUUAAUGCAAAUCUUUGGUGGAUCGUUGUUCUGUUUGACUUGUUUA